AUGGCUUCCGCAACAGGCCUCCCCGAACCCCCUCCCACUCAGGACCAGGAACGCAACCACGAUCAUGGUGAGCUGGAGCCACUCCUUGGGCGACCAGGCGACGCUCAGCAGCCUCCUGAUCAAUUCAUCGCGAAGAAUCUCAUUCUUGGCACUGGCGUCAUCGCCCAAUUCGGCGCCGUCAUUCUCCUCGCGAUGAUAUGGGCGUCAGUCUUAACUAAGGACCUGAUCCUCUUCUCCGGCCACCCAUUGGCCCAGAGUCUUGCGAUCUUCACCCUUAUUCAGUCCAUUCUCUCGCUCCAGCCGACACACACGCCCGACCAGAAGCGCGUGGGACAGCGUGUGCACGCUGUACUAAACCUCCUCGCCUUUCUGUUCCUCGUUACCGGUGUUACCAUUAUUGAGUACAACAAAUAUCUGCAGGGUCCGGGCUCUCACUUUCACUCCGUCCACGGCUACCUCGGCGUCAUUCUCUCCAUCAUCCUGCUGCUGCAGUACCUUGUCGGCUUUACCAUGUGGGCAACCCCCAAGCUCUACGGAGGCGAGGAUCGUGCGAAAUCAAUUUGGAAGUACCACCGGAUGAGCGGCUACGCUGUCCUCGUCCUGCUGCUGAUUACCGUUGCGACCGCCACCGACACUCCGUAUAACGCCAACGUUCUCAAGUUGAAGCUUUGGGCUGUUGUUGUUACCUCGCUACUUGUUCUCAUCGGCAUCAUUCCUCGAGUACAGAAGCAAAAACUAGGCUUUUCUUCCUAG